AUGCCCUAUCCACACGAAGACCCGCGCAUCGUCGUCAUCGGCCUCGCCCUCAUCGGUAUCCUAUGGAUCUUCCUGGCGCCCGGGAACGGCGGCGCGUCUCUCUUCUCGGCCUCCGACCUCGCGACGCAGCGACUGCGCCGGCACCAGCACGCGCUCGAGCUGCUCAACGCCUCGUCGUGGGGCAACUUCUCGGCGCGGCGGAACGGGACGGGCGAGGAGGAGCUGCCGCGCUCGCUUAACAUCACGGGCUUCCGGGCCGAGGACGGCUUCGCGUGGGACGAUCUGGAGAGGUUCCAGGAGAGGUGCCUCGAGUGGAGCCGGAACGCGAUACCGCCUGUCGGAGGGGUGAACCUCUGGGACAUUGGCCAGGGCGAGGCGGUUUGGCAGAAUGCCACGGGGGCCGUGAAGGGGACGUGGGUGCGGAAGGAUGCGUCGGUAAAGAGGGAGUGGGCGAGCUACAAUUUGAGUGCGGUCACGCCGAGCUUGCACUGGAGCGGGGCGGAGGCCGAUUGGGCAAGGAACAUUACGGGUGACGAGGGCAAGAUGCUGCUGGACGUGAUCGAUACCGGCCGGCACACGAAGGAGUUUGAAUACGAGAGCAUCCUGCACGAAGGUGUCCCGACAUCCGGCGGCAGAGUCAGAAGUGCUAAGGCAUCGCUGACCGUCGAGGAUGUCAAGGGAACCGGGUUCAAUUGGGAAAUGAGGUUGCAUGGAGUUCAGUGGCCGCGUCAAGGGACGCUGCUCUUGACCACGACGAGCGAAAAGUUUGACGGCAUAUUCGGGUUGCCUCAUCUUUCUCCGAGCUCAGACUUUUUUCAUUCGAGUCGAUUGCUUCUGAAUGCGACUCUGUCCGAGGUACUGCGGAGGAAGGAGAAGGAGGUCUUCAACGACGGCGUUAUGCCUUGGACUUCAGACCCGUCGAACCCGCCUGAUACUCUCAAUCCAUCACCACACUGCGAGUACAUCAUGUACGCGCAGGUUCAUCCCCCGGACAGAAGUCGGUUGAACAUGAAGGGUUUCCAGUCGGGGAGGGAAGGUAUGUCACAGAUCAUCAGCGACAUCGAGCAAGAGCUUCGCUUCCCGAACGGCGCCCCCAUUCGUGGGGUUCCGGAGCUCAAGCUGUCUGCCAUCAUCUGGUCUCCCGACUGCGGGUUUUUUCUAGAAACCAAAGGGCCCCCAGACUUCCCACCGGCAGACGGCCAGCAUCUACAGGGCAUGAAGACGGAAAUCAUCUACUACAAGAUCCGUGUCUGGAUCCUGGCGUUCGCAGGGGUCAUCAUCGCCCAGGCCCUCCUCUUGAAGCACCAGAUGAGGGAAUCUGCCACGCCGUCCACCAUGGGCCGCAUCAGCUAUAACACAAUCAGUAUGAUGGUCAUGGUCGAUGGCAGCAUCUUCGCUGCCGCCUCCAUGUGGGCUCUAGACGCGAGCAUUACGUAUCUCGAGUCUUUGUCCCUGCUCUUCGCCGCAUUUCUCUCCAUGUCGAUGGGUGGCUUCUUCCUCGCGGAGAUCCACAAAGUUCAGGAGCCGGAGAACAGAAGACGCAGUGAGCGCGAACAGGCCGAGACACCACGUACGCCAGCAACUCCAGCACAGAACCUCGAGGCAGACUCCCUCCCGCGACCGGUCACGGCCGGACCACGCAGAAGAGCCCCCACGCCGCCUAUCAUCGUCCCCUCAGACCAGGAUAUUGAUGCCGACAUCGAUGCCGUAACAAACGGCGCUGCGGCUGUCCCGAACGCUGGCGCGGCCACCCGCGCCGGUCCCGAGGUCACCUUCCAAGCCGUCAUAUUCCGCUUUGCUAUGAUAGUGUCUCUCCUCCUCCUGGUCUCCAUAGCAUCGACGUCCUGGUACCCCCGUAUCCGCAAUGGGUUCGUAAACACUCUUUCGAUGGUAUACUUUUCCUUCUGGGUUCCGCAGAUUCACCGCAAUGUAAUCCGCAACUGCCGUCGAGCCUUGACGUGGCGCUUCAUGAUCGGCCAGUCGAUCCUGCGUCUCCUCCCAUUUGCGUAUUUCUACAUUUACGAGGACAACUUCCUCUUCGCGGAGACAGACGUCCGCGCGUUCCUCGUCUUCUGCGCGUGGCUGUGGAUACAGCUUUGGAUCUUGGCAUUUCAGUUCGUUCUCGGCCCGCGCUUCGGCGUGCCCAAGAGCUGGACCCCCGACGCGUGGGACUACCACCCCGUCCUCCGCGAAGAUGGCGUUGAGGCCGGCGGGCUUCCCAUCGGCUUGCUCUCUGAGCCCGGCUCCCCGUCUCUCGACAGGGUGCGGACGGGCGAGGACAAGAAGGGGAGCAACCUGCGUGCCAUCGACUGCGCCAUCUGUCGCGAAGUGCUUGAAGUGCCCGUUAUGAGGGCGGGCGAGGAGGAUCCCACCGCCGGCGGGGUUGUUGGCGUGUUUACGAGGAGGAAUUACAUGGUUACCCCGUGUCGACAUAUUUUCCACAGCGCUUGUUUAGAGGGAUGGAUGAGGUUCCGGCUGCAGUGUCCUAUAUGCAGGGAGGAGCUGCCGCCGUUGUGA